UCGUCGCUGCAUCCACCCCGUUCGCCCAUCUCAUCAACGAUCAAGAUCAUCCUCUCGACCACCUGUUGAUUCAUUAUACAGUCGCCAAAAUGGUUUCGGAGUCUUGUCCCGUGUAUGCUCCCUUCUUCGGCGCGAUGGGCUGCACAUCAGCCAUCGUCUUCGCCUGCUUCGGUGCCGCCUACGGUACUGCCAAGGCUGGUGUCGGUGUCAGCGCUAUGGGUGUCCUCCGCCCUGACCUGAUCGUCAAGAACAUUAUCCCCGUCGUCAUGGCUGGUAUUAUUGGUAUCUAUGGUCUCGUCGUCUCUGUCCUGAUCUCCAACGGUUUGAAGCAGGAGGUUUCCCUCUUCACCAGCUUCAUCCAGCUUGGCGCCGGUCUCUCCGUCGGUCUGUCGGGUAUGGCUGCUGGUUUCGCCAUUGGUAUUGUGGGUGACGCUGGUGUACGAGGAACUGCCCAGCAGCCCAGGUUGUUCGUCGGAAUGAUUCUGAUUCUCAUUUUCGCCGAAGUCUUGGGUCUUUACGGUCUCAUUGUUGCCCUGCUCAUGAACUCCAAGGGUGCUGAGGGUGUCUGCUCGUAAAUACCUCAACACGAACCACGAUAUCAGCCAACGACAACCUAUCUGCAUCAAACGAACAAUGGCACCACUUUGGCUCGAUACGUAUACCACACAAUCACAUCUUGCAUGGCGCUCAUG